AUGGAUUUUUUUGCGGCUGAUGCGAGUCGAGCUGCGGUGUCGGCGACGGCGACGGACACGGCGGACCCGUUUGCAGAGGCGAUUGGACGGCGAUUUAGCGGUGCUUCUGCGCCGAUGCUGACGGCGAGACUUGUGCUGGAGGAGUCGCCACUUGAGAGCGCAGCACUGCAGCUGGCAGCGAGCACGAGGCCAGAGGGCGUGGGCACCGGAUCCGCACCCUCGCUGGCAGACACUGGCCGCACCCACAGCUCGCAGACAGCGACGACACUGUCCAACAUGAGUCUGCGCUCACCUGCUCGCCGGCCCUCUCCUGCGGCCAGCACCGAGUCAGACGAGUCGAGAUACACAUCCGUGUCGCCCAAGGACCUCUCGCUCUAUCUCGCCCAGGAACCGCCACCCCUGGUCAUCGACGUGCGAUCGAGCAGUGCCCAUGCCCUCUCCCAUGUCCGCGGCGCCAUCUCUCUCUCCGUGCCCAGCACCCUGCUCAAGCGCCCCAAUUUUCCACUUGGCAGCAUGGCCACUAUGAUCGCCUCGUCCAGUGCACAGGCCGCGUUCAGCCAAUGGCAGAGUGCCCACCGCAUCCUCGUAUACGAUGCAGACUUGUCGCGCCUGGCCGAUGGUAGUGGAGUCCUCGGAUUACUUCGCAAAUUCACCGCUGCCGGAUCCAAAGCACAGCUCGCCUGGCUCAUCGGUGGUCAUAAUGCCGUCGCUCGAUCCGCGCGCGACUGUCUCCAGGCUGGCGCUUCACAACCAUCGGACCCAGAGCCCACAUCGGCCACUCCCAUUGGCGCUUUUGUCCACGCCCAUUCUCUCCCCCAGUCCGCAUUCCAGCAAAGCUCAACUACCGGCGGCCCCAGCCACAGACCCAACAAACUCCAGGCCUCGAAUCCCUUCUACGAUAACAUUCGCCAGAAUCGAGAACUCUCACAUGGAAUCACCGAGCGCAUCCCCCUUGCACUGUCCCAGGACGUCAUAUCCCGCAAGGACGAGAUUCCCGUAUCCUGGGUUCGCGAAAUCGUCGAAAACAGCGACAGGGAAAAGGGAAUCGAAGCUCUUGCCAUGCAGUUUUACCGUAUCGAGCUCGGAGAGCAGCGCCGGCUCCAGGGCGUCAUGUCCCAUCACUCAAACGAGUCACGGGUCUCUGAACACGACAAAUCACAGCAAAAUGCUAUUUCUACAAACGACGCACAUCUCUCCUUCCCCUAUAGUAUUACCGCCGGCGUCGAAAAGGGCGCAAAGAACAGAUACAAAAAUAUUUGGCCCUAUGAACACGCACGUGUACGCCUUCAAACGGCCGCAGACGAUGGCUCGGAUUAUGUCAAUGCCUCUUACAUUCGACCGCGCGGAACCAAUUUGCGGUAUAUCGCCACUCAAGGUCCCAUGCCUGCUACCUAUACCGAUUUCUGGACUAUGGUUUGGGAACAGCAUGUGCACGUCAUUGUUAUGCUCACUCGCCAAGUCGAAGGUAAUCAACUCAAAUGUGGAGAUUACUGGUCCGGCACCCGGUUUGGCCCGCUUCGGCUCCAACUCAUCGCCACCGAGGGCGGGAACGAAAACGUAGAAAAAGUCACCGGGUUCGAUUUCGGGUUCAAGGACGACGAAAAGAACGACGAUUCCCAGCCCACGAUUCGUCGCACGUUUUUGCUCACCCACACCGGAUGCCCAGACGAAGCGCCACGGAAGAUUGUCCAGUUCCAGUUCUUGUCGUGGUUGGACAUGAACGUUCCCGAGACUCCGAGCGGGCUCUUGGGUCUCGUCAAGGACGUCCGAGACGCUGCCGAGGAGUCGGACAGGUACAGCGGGUCGACCCAGUCGAAUCCCGUGUUGGUGCACUGCAGUGCCGGAGUCGGUCGAACCGGCAGCUUUGUCGCCAUUGAUGCGAUCUUGGACGGGGUGCGGAGGGAGCUCGAGGGAACCCGGUCUUCGUCGCUCGAACUCUCGUCGAGCGACGAUCCAAGCGACAGCGACCUCGACACGAGCGGGGAACCGAGCUCCGAAAGCCUCGGAUCGUCCAAACUCCGUCGCGGCAGUUUCCCAGAGCCCCCGGACCCGACGUCGUACCGCAGGCCGACGAACCUGCAGAUGACGUCCGCCCGCCCGCGAAGAACCUCGCUCCGGAAAACGUUGGGCGCCAAAAAAGGUACCCACAAUGUCCCGGAGAUGGGGAAGAGGAGCCAAUUGGGUGCCGGUGCGGCUCCUGGUCCUAGUUCGACUAACGAAACUAACGGCGGAACUUCGUUCCCGUCUUCUGAUUCCUCAGCGUCCUUUCACUUUUCCGAGACCUCUUUGCCGGUUAGUACUGGGACGACUAUGAGCAACGGGAGCCCCAAGCAAGGACGCAGUCCCCCAGACAAUAACAAUAAUAAUAACCACCACCACCACCACCACCCCCCCGGGCUCGGUCCGGCCGCGAUGCAAGCCACGCACGCAUGGUCGUUCCAGGUCGCGGACAACACCUCGAGGUCCGAGCUGGUCGCACCCCAACCCGUGCCCGCAUCCAUGUCGCUUUCGGCCGUCACCCCGCGCCCCGACACCGAGAUGCGCGAUCGCGAGAGGGACACGUUCGACUAUGUCACCCCGCGCUCGCUCGCCCUCGCCUCGCAGCAAAAGUCGGUCUCGCCGCUCACGUCAAUGGACGAGCCGAUCCGGGAAGUCGUCGAGGACAUGCGCGAGCAGCGCAUGUCGCUGUGCCAGUCCCUCCGCCAGUACGUCUUUGUCCACCGCGCGGUGGUCGAGGGCGUGCUCGCCAUGGUGGACGAGAACAAGAAACGUAAAGGUGAAUCCGCUGGUUCGGGCGUAGGCGCCAAGAGACACGCGAGUCCGACUGAACUUGUUAAAGUGGAUAUGUCGGGAUCUAGGGCACAGAUCAAGAAGCGGCCGUCUUUGAGGCUCGGAAAGGACGCGAUGGCGGUCGACUCGUGA